AUGGAUCGAUCUAAGGAAGUUCAUAAGGUAGGAUCGAGUGGACUUCAAGAAUCUCAAAAGGGUUCAUAUGUUAAUGCUGUGAGAAAGGGUAUGAUUUCACCUCCUGUUAAUGCAAAAUUUACUACUCCCUUGGUUCUUGAGAGUAAGGAGAUUUCUAAUGAAUUUGCAAUGAAACCAUCAGUAUUCUAUCAGUAUUCUAUCAGGUAUUUGGGUGGAGAUUUGGUGUAUGUGGCUUUUGAGUCGGAGUUGGUGUGCUCUAAAUUCAAGAAUUUGCCUGCGGUUCGUGCUUAUUUCUCAAACUUUAGACUGGUUGUUAAUGAUUUAAAUGUUUUGCAGAGGGUUAUCUGGAUAGAGAUAUUGGGCUUACCAUGUUGUGCAUGGAAUGUUGUGGCUGUGAAUAAGGUGGCGAGGUUAUGGGGUGGCAUUUGUUUUUUGGAAGAUGAUCUUCUGGAUCCAUUGGCUGUGAAAAGAGCUUGUAUUGAAACAGUGAGGACUUCCUUGAACAAUGAGACUAUUUGUAUAGUUGUUUAA